AUGCGUCUGGCAGCUUUGCGAUUGCGGCCUGCAAUGGUCCAGGAAGAUCUGAACAAGUCACUUCUUUCAUUUCUGUUCUUUGCUUUUCAAGUCCUCCCGGUGGAUGCUCAGGCAACUUAUCCCUCCGAAUUUCGGAUGGAUUGGUGUGUUGGUGACGAUUGCUUUGACCAGUCAAUCAGCUGUGCACACUUCCAACUGCGUUUGCACAGCUACUAUGCUGAAGGGUCUCGCCCGCCUCUGAGGGAGGCGUUCUUUUUGGUGACGCUGCCUCCUGUGUACCAGCGGGAGUUGUUGCUUGGAUGCCCCGGCAUGAUGGUUCUUGCUCACCUCCUCCUCGCCGAGGUCCGGUUGUACACACACGACCCGAGCGAGGCAGCCACGCUGAGUGCGAGGGCACAGGCCAUGAUGGAGCUUCCAGAGAUUACAGCAGUCCACUUGGAGAACAUAAAGUAUGCGUGGCCACUGCAGCUGGCUAUGCAGCGGAUAGCGAACACAUCGUUAAUGCUAGACGGCCGAAGGCCAAUGACUGUGGACAUAGUGCUGCCGCGAUGUGGGGAAGACUUGUCUUGGCUGGCGAAUGGCUCCCUCCUGCAGCUGUUGCCUGCGAGGACACGGGUUUUUGUGUACGAAAAGUGUGGAGGCGAUGCUAGCUUUGUGGAGUAUUUGUCGAUGCGGCUUGAGUCGCACAUUCAGUUGAUCCACACACAGCUUGAUGAUGCUGUGGAUCCAGCCACCGGCCUGGCAGCACGCAGAGACGAAUGCACAGCAUACUUGAGCCACGUUGUCCGUGAGUACGAUAAUCUAGGAGACAUGACUCUUUUCUUGCAUGGUGAUCCGUCAGACCACACCCCCUUUGGCCUAUUGAACAUAUUGCUUCGUGGCAUUUCUCUGGGUACUUUUGCUGGCCUCGACUUUGUUCACCUGGGCUCGCCUCGCCUCGUUGCAACGUACAAUCCGUGCCAGAACGAUAUCUAUGAGCGUGCCUUCAACCACCCGCUUCAGGGCAGACUUUUUACCUACUGCUGCUCACAAUUUGCUGUUUCGAAGCGGCGGAUCCAGCAACGGCCACUUGAGGAAUAUGCCAAAAUGCUGCAACUCGUAGAUGGUUCUGUGGCAGAUGUGUGCGAACGAAUAGGUCCGUCUUACGAGAAGUAUGCUGGUCAGCGCUUAUCUCACUGUUUCUUCCUGGAGUUCAUGUGGCAUGUUGUUUUCGGCGAACCCGACGAGUUACCGCUCCGCGCAGAUGAGCCGAAGCUUCCGCUUCCACUACGUUUGAAGGACAGCGAUGAAAGCUUGCCUAGCUUGUGGAAAAGCUACAUGUCUCCGGUCGUUGGCGGCUAUGCCACCUUCCAACGGCAAAACUUCGAAAGCUGGCUUCAUCAAGUUCGGACGCAUACCGACUUGGGCCGAGCUGUGCAGAAGAACUUUGGAGAUGGAUUGAAUUUCUGA